GCUGGUCCCCAAGGAACAGGUCACUCUGAGGAAAAAUCUCACCUGACACAACAUGGCACGACUUACAAUCUUGGCUGGUCUGUCCCUUUUGAUGUGCCUUCAAUUGGCAUCUUCCACCAAACUGGUGUGCUACUUCACCAACUGGUCCCAGUACAGACCGGGCGUUGGAAGAUUUAUGCCAUCCAAUGUAGACCCCCACCUCUGCACACAUCUUAUCUAUGCCUUCUCCAUAGUCAGCACCUCUAAUGAGCUGACCACCUACGAGUGGAAUGACGACGUCCUGUAUAGAUCCUUCAAUGAGCUCAAACACAGAAACCCUGCUCUGAAGACUCUGUUGGCUGUUGGUGGUUGGAACUUUGGAUCCCCACAAUUCACCACCAUGGUUUCAUCUCCUGCAAACCGCCAGACAUUCAUCCAGUCCUCGAUCAGAUUCUUGAGACUGCAUGGCUUUGACGGACUGGAUCUGGACUGGGAGUAUCCUGGAGCACGUGGAAGCCCCCCAGAGGACAAGAAGAGGUUCACACUCCUCUGCAAGGAAUUACUGGCUGCAUAUGAAAAAGAGGCUGCUCAGACCAAAAGACCACGACUGCUGCUCACAGCUGCCGUGGCUGCUGGGAAGGGAUAUAUUGACAGUGGAUAUGAGAUUGCUAAAGUUUCAAAGUUCCUGGACUUUAUAAAUGUCAUGAGCUAUGACUUCCACGGCGCAUGGGACACAUUCACAGGUCACAACAGCCCACUGUACAAAAGCAGCUCUAUGGAUACGGAUAUCAACUUGUACUUCAAUGUGGACUUUGCCAUGAAAUACUGGGAGAAAAACGGAGCUCCUCUUGACAAGCUCAUGGUUGGUUUCCCCACGUACGGACGCACAUUUCGCACAACAUCAGCAGCUAACAAUCUUGGAGCACCCACCAGCGGGCCAGCCUCUGCUGGGGCUUACACACGGGAGGCUGGGUUCUGGUCUUACUAUGAGAUUUGCACUUUCAUCAAAGGAGCUAACGUCCAAUGGAUCGAUGAGCAAAUGGUUCCCUACGCCGUUAAAGGAAAUGAGUGGGUCGGAUUUGAUAACAGGCGGAGCUUUGAGAUCAAGACACAAUAUUUAAAAGACAACAAAUAUGGAGGAGCCUUUGUCUGGGCUCUAGAUCUGGAUGAUUUUGCUGGAUCCUUCUGCGGACAAGGAAACUAUCCUCUCAUUGGCUACCUGCGCCACCUUUUAGACUCAGACAUUCCCAUUCCCUCUCCUGAAACCACACAUCAUCCUGUGGUCACAACAACCCGCCCCGGCCCUGGCAGCACCACAUCUGCUGCUACGUUGGCUCCUUCAACCGCCACUGCCAAGCCGACCACGGCAGGAGUUGCCCCUGGAAGUGGAUUCUGUGGUGGGAAGGCUGACGGCCUGUACACAAACGACAAAGAUGGCAGUUCAUUCUAUCACUGCGCUGACGGACAGACAUACCUCCAGAGAUGUCCAUUGAACCUUGUGUUUAAUGAGAAAUGCACAUGCUGCGACUGGGCUUAAAUCAAUGUCCCAGACCCUCUGAGACUGUUUUUUAAAAUGCCUUUUUUAAAAUGUUAAGCCUGCUGAGAAAAAAAGACUGAAUUCCAUCUCUAUUAAAUGUUUCUAACAUGAAGCACUACAUGGACACUUAAAAACAAACACUGGCAGAACUCACCGCUCAGUUUGAGUGUACGAGAUCUUCUGGUUCUAAUGAGAUGUAUGCCCUGUAAGUGUUGUAGAAAACGUUUUUGUGCCAUAUUUAGUCAACUUCCAAUAAACUCUUUGUAAAGACA